AUGGCAUUCCGUGAGCUUUCCCCAGCCGGCAGUCGAGCGGCGGUCAUAUCUGACCCUAUGAUCCUCCCCUUCAAGUGGCGCAAUAGCGACGCCUAUUACUAUCUUAACCACCUAGGUGGGCUGCGCGUAGCGGACGGCGACCCUAGGGACAUUUUGAGUGUUGAGAAAUUAGUGGCGUGGAUGAAGGAAAAGAGCGACUCGACUGUUGCAGAUCAAAGUUAUCUUUCUUUGCUGUUCCACCCCUUCUUCCAGGAAACACCCGAAAAAGCGGCUGCUAUGGCAGAGAUUCUAGCAUAUAUAAAGUCGAAACCAGGAGUCUAG